AUGCGACCAUGGUUGAUGCUGUUGACGAUGGUGGUGGCGAUGCAGUGCGAGGAGAGGAGGAAGGGAGAGAGGAAGCGCCUGCUGCAGACAGACAACAAGCUCGCCCAUGACAAGCUUGCCUACAACCUCACAGACUGCCCUUGCGGUAGAGCCCUUGGCGCCUAUGGCGAAGCUCUUCCGGACCUCAAAGUCCUCCUGUCGUCCCUCCUCGCUGAUGGGGAUCAUGUCGUCGUCGUGGGCAUUCCAUGCCCCGAUGUCGUUCUCCAUGCCUCCAAGGCUGUUGGUCUGAAGGGUCGGGUGAUGGUAGUCGACGCCAGCCCGGACAGGCUACGCAAGUCGCUGCAGCUGAAUGGCAACUGGAGGAACGUGCAUGUGCUGAGGACUUGUGUCGUGAUGCCGCAGGAGCAGAAGUUUGAGAAUGUGUCGGGACGAGCGCCUCCGUGUUUUGCUGGCUACGUUGGUCAUGCUUGCGGAGAGAAUCACCUGCCCACACCGCUCGAUGCUCUGCUGCCAAGCUACGAGGCAGAAACAUCGACGACGCCUGCCCUCUUGCUUCUCUCCCUGUCUCCCCGAGAGCUGCUGGGAGCGCAUGCAGGGUUGCGGGGGAUGCUACAAGUCGUUUCGUUUUCGCUUGUUUUCCAUUGCGACUAUGACGCUCAGGCUGUGGUGGUCGAGCCGAUGAGCGCGGCAGUGAUACAGCGGGUGUUGACGUCGUAUGAGGAGAGAGGAGGGUGUGUCUUCUUUCAUGUGGGCAGACAUUCCGCCAGUCCCUCCGGCCUCGAGGCAGACGAGUUCUACUACCUCCCUCCUCCUGUCCAUGUGCUCGCUGUGCCGUCACAGUCUCGGUGGUGCCUGCAGUCUGACAUCUUCCAGCUGUCGCAGAGCUCAUUAAAAGGAGCUGCAGCAGGGUGUCUCCUCCGCAUCCCUUCCUCUACGCCGGCGUCAGACCUUGGUAUCGUUCUCAAGCGCGUGUUUGUUCGCUGCGUACCGGAGGUUGCAAGGUUUGGCACCAACCCCAGGAUGUUCUUCAGGCGCAUCUCCUUCCAGCUUCCUCUUCCUGCUCGGUCUAACUUGGGUUCUCCUGUCCCUUUCGCCUCCCGCUGGACAGUCGGGGAGCUGCUGGAGAAGAUUCGGGUGAAUCAGUUCCCUCCAGACUGCAGCUCUGCUCGCCUCCUUCUCUUCCGGUAUGUUAACGCGGAGCUCUCGGGGCAUGGCUCCAUGUUCGGCCACCUCAGCGUCGCGCUCAACGCUGCGAUCAUCACGAGGAGGACGCUGGUGGUGGAUGAGAGCGCCGCAUGGCCCUUCUCCGACGGAUGUAAGAGCAGCGAGUGCGCCUCGGGCUUCAUGUCGACCUACUUCCUUCCUCUCUCCUCUUGCCGGGCUCCUUCCAGGCAGGAGGCUCAUAACCUUCCUCUCCUCUCAGAGGACUCGUCUGCUCAGCGCGUGGUGCUCGUGCUCGAUGACUCGGAACUCCCUCGGUACCGGACGAGACUCCCGGCGUUGCUGCAGCCCGAGCAAGCAGAGCUCGCGAUCCUCGAGUGGUAUGCAGCUCUCACCGCCUUCCUCCUCCGCCCCAGCAACCGGCUGGAGAGAAUGAUGCGGGAGGAACAGGAAUCGAUGAAAAUCCCUGCUCUCUUCCUGGGCCUUCACAUCCGACGUGGACACAAGUGGGUCGAGACUUCAUCGCAGCCUCUGGGGGAGUAUCUUCGCUUCGCUUCCAUGCUGGCUGACAGGACGAGCGUGCGAGAUGUGCUGGUGUGCACGGAGGACGAGGAAGUGAUUGAGGAGCUUGAGAACGUCAAGACUGACUUGCGUUUCCACUACACCAACAGCAGCAGGCCAGGCUACCGAAUCUCCAUCCCGCAUGCCAUCUCUCUAGGCAUCCUUAACGCUUCUUCAGAGAACCGCGUGUCGCUUGUCAACCUCCUCCUCCUCGCAAGGAGCGCGGCGUUCGUGGGCACGUUUUCGAGCGGGUACAGCAAGCGAGUCUUCGAGCUGAUCGCAGCCCAGCAGCAGGCGCUUCCUCUCUUCGUCUCCUUGGAUCACGUCUGGAGUCCGUGA